AUUGUUGAAAAGGCUAGGGUGAGGGUUUGCAGGCAGAGAAAAUCCUUCUCCUUCGGACCAUGGAGAUGGACUGCCUAAUGGAGUUUCCGCAUAUGCAUAUGGAUCGGCGACCAAGGAAGAAACCCAGGUUAGCAUGGGAUGUUCAUCUGGCCUCCAAGGCUCAGUCAGGAAUAUUUUGUGGGCAAGAGGUUGGAAAUAUGACGAGCGAUGGACCAUCGAGGAUAUUCUCAGACCAUGCUAGUUUGUAUAUAAAGGGAUUGGCUCAAAAUGGCUCACCCCCAUGGCGCAAUGAUGACAAAGAUGGACAUUACAUAUUUGCACUGGGAGAAAAUUUAACUUCUCGCUAUAAGAUCCUUAGAAAAAUUGGUGAAGGUACCUUUGGCCAGGUUGUGGAAUGCUGGGAUAGGGAGACAAAAGAGUUGGUUGCCAUAAAAAUUGUACGAGGCAUUAAGAAGUACCGUGAAGCAGCAAUGGUAGAAAUUGAUGUGCUCCAACUUCUUGGAAAAUAUGAUAAAAGUAGAAGUCGUUGUGUUCAAAUACGGAACUGGUUUGACUAUCGUAACCAUAUUUGUAUUGUAUUUGAGAUGCUUGGACCGAGCCUUUUCGAUUUUCUUCGGAAAAACAAUUAUCGCUCAUUUCCAGUUGAUCUCGUCCGUGAGAUUGGCAGACAAUUGCUGGAAUGUGUGACAUUCAUGCAUGAUCUACAUCUCAUCCAUACCGACUUGAAGCCGGAGAACAUACUUUUUGUUUCCCCAGAGUAUGUAAAAAUCCCAGACUACAAGGUUGCCUCUCGGUCUGAUGGAUCCUUCUAUAAGAGGUUGCCAAAGUCAAGUGCUGUUAAGGUUAUCGAUUUUGGUAGCAUAGCAUAUGAGCAUCAAGAUCAUAACUAUAUUGUCUCUACUAGGCAUUACCGUGCACCUGAGGUUAUUCUUGGACUUGGAUGGAGUUAUCCAUGUGAUAUUUGGAGUGUUGGUUGCAUCUUGGUGGAACUCUGCUCGGGAGAAGCUUUAUUUCAGACGCAUGAAAACUUGGAGCACCUGGCCAUGAUGGAAAGGGUUUUAGGCCCCUUACCUCAGCACAUGCUGAAAAGAGCAGUCCGUCGUGCUGAGAAGUAUGUCAGAAGGGGUAGAUUGGAUUGGCCAGAAGGUGCUGCUUCACGGGAAAGCAUCAGGGCUGUUUUGAAGCUACCUCGCCUUCAGAAUCUUGUUAUGCAGCAUGUAGAUCAUUCAGCAGGGGAUCUCAUAGACCUCCUGCAAGGUCUUCUCACAUAUGAUCCUUCAAACAGAUUGACAGCUCACCAAGCGCUCAAGCACCCAUUCUUUACCCGGGACCAUUACAGGAGGCUUUGAAGUGAGAGAUAGUUUCAUAAAUUGGGAUCCUUCUUGGUGGCCGAAGGGACACGCACAAUUCUUAAUGGGAGGAUGGUUUAAUACAUCUAUUGCAGGUGCUGUUUAUUGGGGGGGUGGCUUAUUUGGUCAUGGAUUUGAAGUGAGGGAUAAUUUCAUAAAAUGAGGUUAUUUUUGGUAUCAAAGGGUGGCAUAAGUCUUAGUGAGAGGAUGGCUUUUUGCUGCAAUUACAGGUGCUGUUAUUUGGAGUGUUUAAUUGGUCCAUGGCUUUGAAAUGAGGGAUGGUUUCAUGAAAUGAGGUUGGUUUUUGGGUCCUGGGUAUCAGGACUAGCACAGGUCUUGAUGAGAGGAUGGUUUUAUACUUCAAUCACAGACGCUAUUGUUUGGAGUGGUUUAUUUGGUCAUAGCUUUGAAGGAAGAAUAACAGUAUCUCUGUUAAGUCGUGUGCUGACCUUAGUCAGAAGCUUUUGCUCGUCCAUUUUUGUGCUAUAAAUAUAUGGUUGUGUAUAGUUGUUUUUCCUUCAUUAUAUUUAAUUUUGGGUAGGAAACAAAGGUGUGGUGGUUCUAAUCCUUGGAAAGGCCCUCCCAUGUUGAUGGGUUUUUGCUUCUGCUGGUUUGUCAUUUGGUGUUGGUUUGCUGUAGGAUUGAUGUCAUUCAUCCAUAGCUGCCCACGGUGGGCAGCUUCUGGUAAUGCCGUCUCUGUUCUGUGGCUUCUUCCACAGCUGUGUUCACAUUUAAAUUGAGUUGUUUUGCGUUCUGCACUGUGAUUUCUCAUAUUUUUGUUUAAUUCGAGUUGGCUGCUUGAUAA